UGAAGGACAAAAAGCAAAGUCGAAGGCGGCUAUCGCUAAAAAGGGGGCUUUUGAUCGAAAUUGGGUCCCUGAGUAUGAAGAUGUUCUCAAGGCCUUGCGGCAUGCUCACAGAGAGGAACAGAAUCACAUGAAACUCUCGGUAGAAAGGCGAAGAGAAGUGGUGGAUCCUUGGACGCAGCUUUUUGCCAAAACUAUGGCGAAGGUAGUAAUAUUACACACUUCCUACAUACUUCUACUUACAUACACACAGCAGCUCGCUAGAUCUUGAAUUGAAGAUCACGACUCAGCCAUGUUGUCUUGUCGAUUCCCAACACGCAGUAGCUUCGUCCCUCUAACUCCUAAUAUCUAUCCCUUGAUCUCCUACAGGAAAUGGCGGAGAAGAAAGCAUACUUGAAGAGCAAGCUUAAGCAAGACCGUGCGAGUUCUCCUGAAAAACGACAGAAGCGAGAUACUCUGGGAGCAGGGUCUUCUGCUGAGGAAAAUAUUGACAUGAUGGAGGCGGGUCUCACGAGUGACCUCGUGAAAGGUGACAAGGCCCGCCUUUUCAACAUGAUGGGCAAAGGAGAGGCAGUAGCAGGAGGUGAGGCAUACGCCAAGAGCAAGAACAGCAACGCGUCUAAGCUUGGUCUGGAUGAAGACGCACUAGGCGAU